UGAAUUUUAAUGAACUUCAAAACAAUCUACUGGCUUAAAGAGAUACUAGUGUAGGUUAACCUCAUAGACCGAAAUUAAAUAGUAGGCGAAAUGUCUCAUUUUAAGUUAAUAUCUUCAACGAAAGCUUCAGACAUAAUUCCUGUGAACAAGUACGUGUCGGAAAAAACAGGACUUACAGUAAUAAUAGCUGAUGUCGAAGGACCGCUUGUGAACGGGUACUUCUGUCUUGCAACAGAAGCUCAUGAUGAUGAUGGGCUGCCACAUACAUUGGAACAUCUUGUUUUCUUGGGUUCUAAACGCUACCCUUACAAGGGUGUACUUGACCAACUUGCAAAUCGUUGUAUGGCACAUGGUACGAAUGCAUGGACCGACACAGAUCACACGUGUUACACUAUAUAUACUGCAGGGGACGAGGGAAUGCUAACAUUGUUGCCUAUAUACAUCGAUCAUAUUUUACAUCCAACCUUAACAGAACAAGGGUUCAUUACGGAGGUACAUCAUAUUGAUGGAGAUGGAGAAGAUGCUGGUGUUGUAUAUUGUGAGAUGCAGGGUCGCGAAAAUUCAGCUGAUAGUAGAUGUGAAUUGAAAUUGUUACGUGCUAUGUAUCCAAACUCUGGAUACUCUGCUGAAACAGGCGGUAUCAUGAAGAACCUUAGGACAUCAACUGAUAAUGCAAAAGUAAGAAGCUUUCAUAAGAAAUUCUACCGAUCGGAAAACCUUACUAUUAUUCUGGCGGGACAAAUACAGGCGAGCGACGUUUUUUCGUCAUUGUCAAUUGUAGAAGAUGACAUCAUUGCAAAGAGAGAAACAGAACAGCAAGAAGAAUGGGUCAAACCCUGGCAGAGUAUCCCGGGACCACCAAUUUAUGGAGAGCUGAGGGAACAAUGGCCGGCUGAUAUUGAAGAUUGCGGACAGAUAAUGUUUGGAUGGCGAGGUCCAGUCCUAUCAGAUCCAUCAGGUUUAAAGCAAUUGACUGGCUGCGCGAUUCUACUUCGAUACCUGUGUGACACUGCGGCCGCGCCCUUACAGCGCUGCCUUGUGGAAAGGGAAGAUGCCCUUGCUGGUGAUGUAUCCUACAAUUUGACUGAGAAUAUGGCGUCCUUGAUAAAAAUCGAAUUAGACAAUGUGCCCGUUGAUAAAUUGGAAAAAGCUAAAGAAGAAGCUAGACGCUGUCUGGAGCAUGUCCGUAGUGGCGGCGAGCCCAUCGACAUGGUCCGUUUGAAGAGACUACUGCAGAAACAACUCCGGGAGAGCGCGGCCAGCCUUGAGGCUAAGCCGCAUCAGGCCAUCGCCUUCCGCUGCAUCGGGGACUCUCUGUACUCACAGAAUGAACAGGAUUUCAUAUCUCGUAUGAAUCCCCAAAAAGAUCUUCAAGAUUUAAUGGAAGAAUCGUCAGACUACUGGUUGGAACUUUUACGUAAAUAUUUUAAUGAAGAUGUAAUUACUAUUGUUGGUUCCCCGAGCAUUGAGAUGCAGGAAAAAAUGGCCGAAGAGGAGAAACGGAGGAUAGAAGACCAACGAGCUUUGUUAGGUGAGAAAGGUCUCGCCGAAAAAGCCAAGCAACUAGAAGAUGCUAUUCAAUUUAAUGAGCUACCUCCACCGGCGGGCACGCUGGCGGCCGUCCCGGUGCCGUCGUGCGACUCCCUCAAGUGUCACUCCAUCUCGACCUGGAGCAGCGGGGCGGAGGCCUGCCCGCACUUCGAUAUCGACGCGGUGCCGCUCUACACCAGACUGCACAAUCUAAAAACUAACUUCGUUUAUAUAAACAUUAUAAUGGAUACGUCAUCAGUUGACGCUGCGACCCGGAGUUGGUUGCCGCUGCACCUGAACGGUCUAGCCGAGUGUCCGGUGUACCGCGACGACACACUGAUACCGCACGAACAAGUCAUAUCGGCCACCGAACAAUUAACUGUCAUGUUCAGCAACAAUAUAGGCCUCGAUGAAUCCGCGAGCUUCAGCGUUGGAAAGUUCGGCAACUUUAUCAGAAUUAAGACUUGGUGCGAGCCAAAAGAUUACGAAGAAGUAGUUAACCAUUUGUAUGAAGUUCUUUACAAAGCGGAAAUUACUAAAGAGAGACUCUUGGUUUUCGCUCAGAGGUUGAUCAACGAAGGCGCACAGUUUCGCAGGAACGGUAACACAAUGGCGUACGCGACCCUCCGGGACUACGUGUACUGCGAAGACAGCAACGUGCACUGGUGCUCGGUCCUGAGGCAGCUCAAGUUCCUGAAGCAACUUGUCGAAAAACUGAACGCCGGUGGAGACUGCGCUGAGAAUAUACUCAACGAAGCGAGGAGAUCCUUCAGGAAUCUAACUGCGAACGCCUGGCUACAUCUGGCCGCGGACUUCGAUCGGUACAAGCUCAGCGCUGAGCCGUGGAAACGGUUCGUGAGAGAGAACGAGAUAACGCCACUUGAACCUCGCCUGUACUUCGACUCGGAGCUGCUGCAGGAGCGCAGCGGCGGGUUCGUGGUGGGCGUCGGCGGCGUCGAGUCGUGCUUCCUCACGCAGCUCAGCGCCGGGCCCGACACGCACGACGCGCGCACCGUCGCGCCGCUACUCGUCGCCAUCAACUACUUCACCCAGCUCGAGGGUCCGAUGUGGCGUCAGAUCCGUGGCUCCGGCCUGUCCUACGGUUACGGCAUACGAGCGUCGCUUAACGAGGGUCGACUCAUACUAUCGCUGUAUCGCGCCACGAGCGUCGUCGCUGCCUAUUCUAAAGCCAUUAGUAUACUGAAAGAAUUUUUGGACGGUGGAGAAUUUGAUCACGAUUUAUUCACGUCGGCCAGAAGUGCUUCUUUGUUUGAGGUAGUGGAGAACGAGAAAAGUCCUGCCGAUGUUGUCGGUUUAUCCCUCCUGAAGUAUGUCGAACGGGUCGGAGAACAAUACAACAAAGAGUUGGUGAGCGCCAUCUCGUGUGUGAGUGCGGAGGCGGUGCAGGGCGCGGCGCGGCGCUGGCUGCCGGCGCUCUUCGACUUGUCUCAGUCCACCGUGUGCGUCGUCUGCCAUCCCUCCAAGGUCAAUGAAAUACAGGCCAGCUUCGAAAAGUUGGAUGUCAAAUUAGAAGCUUUUGACUCGAUCGAAGCUACGCAUCUCAACAAAUAAAUAUUAUGUCGAUUGAGUUUAGCUAUAAAACUUGUGAAUAUUUUAUUGUUGAAAUAUGCCUUGAUAACUAAUGUCAAUGAAAUUCGCUAAAAGCUACAUUGUUUGUGAACCAUGGUUAAAAUGUUUAAUAAAUAAAUUUAUUUUAUUAUCCCUUCUUUCAUUCUCAAAGUAUUGUGCCA